AUGAUGGUGGCUAUUGCUCUGACUGAUGAGAGCGAGGAUUCCUCGGAACUGAUGCAAGCCCUCCAUGAUCAUGUGUUACCAGACGUUCAGUACAUGGUGUGGAAUACGAGAGUUGAUCUUCAAGGGUUAGUACUUUUGGUACUCGUGAGUCUAUAUUACUACUACUCCCAUAAGUGGCGUAAAGCUUGGCGAUUCAUAAGGAACGUCGUAAGAAUUAUCCUAGAGCUGGGAUUGAAUCGAAGGAUCGUUCUGGAUCGGUCCUUUCCCGAUCAAAAGGCACAUACCCAGGCACUUAACACGAUGUGGGCCGUAUUUGUACUUGAGCAACAGCUGAGGUACGCCCUGGGACUCUCCACGACCAUGCAAGACUUUUUCAUGGACCCAACUCUUCCAAAACCGGUCAACGCUCCAUAUCUGGAAGCAAUGAUUCACUACGCUCGGAUUGGUGCAAAAGCAUGUGAAACGCUUUCUUGUGAUGAAAUAAACACUCAAGUGAUGUCCGGAGACUGCCAAGAUGCAUAUACAUACUUCCAGUACCGCCUUAGCGAAUGGCGGAAAGCGAUCGGGACCCAAUUCCAGUUCAAAUCCACUAGCAAGAGGGUAGAUCAGUGGAACACUCAACUUGACGCAAUCCUUCGAUUACGGGCAAACAACUUGCAUUUUGUAGUAACGAGAUUUAUGUUCUUCGAAAGAGAAUUUCGCGGCAUGGUCCCAGCCGACCUGUGGUCUGUAUGCAUGGAUGUGGCUGCUGAUACUACCUGCAUCUUGGCCACUAUUGAUGGCUCCCCAGCGGCUUAUCAGGCUACUAAAUCCGAGUCGAACUAUUUUCUUGUCUCGUCGAUGGGCAUCUCGUUCCUUGCCAUGUUACAAGGCUCCCUAUUCCCAAUUUCGGCACAGAGCCCGUUGGACCCGGAAACGUGCCUGAGGGCCCAGCAAAGUGCGAUCCUUUGCCUCAAUUUGCUGCGAAAUCGAGCAGAGCUAUCACGCCAGUCAAAACAUCUGUGGAACCGUGUCAGCGAUCUUGCGUCCCGCUUGAAUCUCCUGGGUUUCUUGGCCCCCGUCGCUCCCGGCAACAUUGAGGAGGUCUCAGGUACAGCGGAAACAAUGAGCAUUAACGAAACAUGGGAAAGACACACAAGCCAUUGGGAGCAGGGACUCGCUAGCUUGUCACCGAAUGUUGCGGCACUUGGAUUCCCUGUCAGUGAGAGUAACGAUGAGGGAUCCACCUCAGCGAGCAAGAUCUAUUCAGCAUUCGAUAUAAUGUUUGGCCCUGAUUCCGUCUUUAAUGGGAUUGAUGAAUGA